CUUGCCUCAUCACCACCCCUCCCGUGCUGCAACAUCCUUCAGACGCAUAGCAUCAAGACGUUAUCAUAGUCUCCUCAUUUAAACCCCACGACCCCCGCCGAACCAAGUUGAUCUCUCACCCAACCUCGUGAAGGGAUUACUGCAGCUCGCCCCAAAUACAAUCCCAAAGAUACGACGGUUGAGAAAUUGCAAAUGCGAUUCUCACCCUUCAUCUCCACACUCGUCUUCACUUUCUCUAACCUCACCCGCGUCCGCGCCGCGCAGUUCGUUCGUGCCCAGGCUCCUUACGCUGCCGCACGCCCGCUCCGCGCUUCUAUGCCCUCAAUCCCGUUCUUGGGCGCUUUGUUUGGCUCCUCCGCAUCGCAGAGAGAUACCAUGUCGUAUCCUGACAAGAGAUCCGCCGACGAGUGGCGGGCUGUUCUGAACAAGGAACAAUUCCGCAUUCUUCGCGAAAAGGGAACCGAGCCCCCCGGCUCAGGCAAGUUCGACAAGCACUAUCCCGAAGAGGGCGUCUACACCUGCGCCGGGUGCUCCGCGCCGCUGUACAAGGCCACGCACAAGUUCAAGUCAGGCUGCGGCUGGCCGGCCUACUUCGACUCGCUGCCCGGCGCCGUUGUGCGCCACGAGGACCGCGCCUUCGGCAUGGCGAGAACCGAGAUUGUCUGCGCCAACUGCGGCGGUCACCUGGGGCACGUCUUCAAGGGCGAGGGGUUCGACACGCCCACGGACGAGAGGCACUGCGUCAACAGUGUAAGCUUGUCGUUUUCCCCUGACGAGAAGAAGGCCGGGGAGGGUAGUGGCGAAGGGGCGAAAGGGGAGAGCAAGGUCUGAGCUGUAAGGGAUGCGAUUUUGGAUGAUCUGGGGUGUAGUUUAUCGACAGCGUUGGUGGUGAGGCUUGGGUUGGUGUUGCGUUGUUGAGGGUGCACGUGGGAGACGCAUGGGGGGACAUUAAGAGUGAAGUUCCCAGUGAGAUAUCAUGAUGUAUCAACAGGAGUGGAAACGAGAAAUGCAAACCAAUCCAAGCAAAUUUCUAUGCGCCCCUUUU